AAUUUGCCGUGAAAUAAUCGCCUUUGUACUUGGGAGGCUACAUGAAAACGACGUUGAAUCGUGGUAUCCAUAGCCGUUUCAUUUCGAAUAUAGAGCAUUUCGUAGCCAGCAAUCAAACUAAGAUUAUUGAAUCGUAACGACGAGCCCCAUGUUGGUGCUGUUCAUUUGCUUCUUCCUUUUGUUCCUAUUUUUGUACAAAUUCGCCACCGCUUAUGGCGAUUUCACUUUGAUGUCUAAGAAGAAACCUAAACGCCAAGAAAUUGAAGAUAAGGUUGUUUGGAUUACUGGUGCUAGCCGUGGAAUUGGUGAGGUUCUGGCUAAACAGUUUGCAAGUUUAGGGGCCAAGCUUAUAAUCUCUGCUAGGAGUGAACCUGAGCUUAACCGAGUAAGGGCACAGCUGAAAGGUAAGCAUGCACCUGAUGGAGUAAAGAUCUUACCAUUGGAUUUAACAUCUGGAGAGGAUUCUCUUAGGAAGGCUGUUGAGAAGGCUGAAUCCUUUUUUCCAGAUUCUGGUGUUGAUUAUAUGAUCCACAAUGCAGCUUUUGAGCGUCCUAAAACAUCAAUUUUAGAUGUAACUGAAGAAGGUCUUAAGGCAACAUUUGAUGUCAAUGUUUUUGGGACAAUAGCUCUCACAAGGCUCUUGACACCUUUCAUGUUGAAGAGGGGGCAUGGUCAUUUUGUGGUGAUGAGUAGUGCAGCAGGAAAGACACCUGCCCCUGGUCAGGCUGUGUACUCUGCCUCUAAAUAUGCACUAAAUGGGUACUUCCAUACCUUGCGUUCGGAGCUCUGUCAGAAAGGAAUCCGAGUAACUGUUGUCUGUCCUGGUCCAAUAGAAACAUCGAAUAACUCUGCAGCGAAGGCUUCAUCUGAGAAGCGUGUGUCAUCUGAAAGGUGUGCAGAGCUGACUAUUAUUGCUGCAACCCAUGGCUUAAAGGAGGCUUGGAUAUCAUAUCAGCCUGUGCUUGCCGUCAUGUAUCUCGUUCAGUACAUGCCAACUAUUGGUUACUGGCUCAUGGACAAGGUUGGCAAAAACCGAGUAGAAGCUGCUAAACAGAAGGGAAACACAUAUUCUGUGGGCUUACUGCUUGGAAAAAAUAAGGGCGCUUGAGGCCGUCUGUGCAUGUCUUUCAAAGCUUUGUAUUUUAUAUGUAAUCUAUUUCAAGGUUCUCAGUCAUACUAAAAUAACACCCUUUGCUACAUCAAACUAAAAUAGUACAGUAUAUGGGUUUCCUAAAUGAACAAUGUACGCAAAGAAACUUUCAAUGGCCACCUAAACUUGC